CAGUAAAUAAAUACAGACAGCUAAGUUUGCCCACCUCCUCUCAUUAAUUACCUUAAACGAAAAUAGACACAACUUCCCCACGUGCAAACGCCAAAACGUACGUUUUACAGAUCUCACAUACUUAAAAAAAUGCUCUCUCCCGAGCCAAGAAAAUCAAUCAGGUCAACAAACUCUUCUUCCUCCCUCUCGCUCUCCAUCUUCUGCCAUUACCAGUAGCUACACAGAUUCUCAACAAUGUCGGCUCAUCUCUCCAAAACAGACUCGGAGGUCAGCAGCCUCACUCAGUCGUCGCCAACGAGAUCUCCUCGCCGGCAAGUCUACUACGUUCAGAGCCCUUCAAGAGAUUCCCACGAUGGCGAGAAGACGACCAACUCCUUCCACUCUACUCCGGUACUCAGCCCCAUGGGCUCCCCUCCCCAUUCUCACUCCAACUCCUCCUUGGGCCCUCACUCCUCACGCGAAUCCUCCUCGACUCGUCUCUCUGCCUCCCUCAAGCCGCACCGCAACAAGCACGACUCCCAUCACCACAAAGCCGGUCGCAAGCCCUGGAAGGAGUUUGACGCCAUUGAAGAGGAGGCUCUGCUCGACGAUGAUGGCGCAUCUCAUGUUCUCUCUCGUCGUUCCUACUUUCUCGCAUUUGUCCUUGGCUUCAUUGUCCUCUUCUCCCUGUUUUCUCUCAUUCUAUGGGGUGCUAGUCGGCCUCAAAAACCCGCCAUCACCAUGAAGAGCAUUCUUUUUGAUCGAUUCGUGAUCCAAGCCGGUGCGGAUUCAUCAGGAGUCGCUACAGAAAUGGUGUCCAUGAACUGCAGUGUUAAGCUGAAAUUCCGAAACACGGCCACAUUCUUCGGCGUCCAUGUCACAUCGACACCUCUAGAUCUCUCCUACUCUCAACUCACCGUCGCCACUGGCGCCAUAAACAGAUUUUACCAGUCGAGGAAAAGCCAGAGAUCGAUUACAGUGACGGUGAAAGGAAGCCAUAUACCAUUAUACGGCGGAGGAGCUAACCUGGGGAGCAUCAACGGCGUACCGGUCGACCCAGUGCCCCUGAAACUCAGCUUCAUGGUUCGGUCGAGAGCGUACGUGUUGGGCAGACUGGUGAAGCCCAAGUUCUACAAAAGAGUCGAGUGCUUCGUCACCAUGAACCCGAAGAAGAUGAACGUGGCCAUUCCAUUAAAGAACAAGUGCACUUACAACUAAACGUAUCAGAGAAGAAGAAAAAGCAGGAAAUUCAAAAGGGUCGUUUUGUUUGAUCAGCCGAUUUUUGAUUAUAAAUUCCAAGA